AUGGAUUCAACAAACGAAAAUGCGACACCAAUGGACAGCGGUAUUACACCAGAAAUGAGCGAAGAAGCCAAACUAAAAGCGAAAUAUGGUGGUGCAUUGCCUCGACAGCAAAAACUGUUAACGAGAAAACUAAUGACGAAACCAAAAUAUUUCGACUCUGGUGAUUAUAAUGUCGCUAAAGCUCAAGGUAAAUUAGACGCUAGUAAACCCGAUCCAACAACAAAAAUAGCUAACGAUAAAGAAGUCCCAUCGCUAAACGUUCCCGAAACAGUUACUGGACAUGAAAUUCCAACACCCGAAACCGUUAUGCCAAGAAAGCUGUCGUGUGCAGCAACAAUGACGCCAACAUCANUAAUGAUAUCAGACGAUGGUAAAAUUACGAUGAUAGACUUUCCACAAAUGGUGUCAAUAUCUCAUUUAAAUGCGGAAUACUAUUUUGAUCGUGAUGUUCAAUGUAUACGCGAUUUCUUUCGACGUCGAUUUGAAUUCGAAACAGACGUAUAUCCGAAAUUCGCUGAUAUCAAACGCAUACAUUCAUUGGAUAAUGAUGUAAGAGCAAGUGGAUUCACAAAAGAAUUGGAAAAACAGUUCGAAGAAGUAUCGGAAACAAUCGGUCUACGACAAGAUGUUCAACAUUCUGAUCAUUCAUUUGAAGAAGAGGAGGAAGAAGAAGAGAGUGAGAUAGAAGAAGAAGAAGAAGAGGAGGGAGGAGUAACGUCGUCGCCGUCUUCUCCUCCUCAACCCUCAACUGAACAAGUUACAAAAUUGAUAAAAAUCAUCGACACAAAUCAUCUCUUAUCUGCCCCGACUGUUGAGGAAUUGGCUGAAAAUAAGAAUCAUCUCUUCAAACCAUUUCAUGAUGAGAAUAAACAAGAAGCCUCAGAUGAUGAUAGUGACGAUAUGAAAUCAACAGUUUCGACAACACAGAAGUUAUCAGCUUUAUCUAUAGACAAAGAUUAUGUUCGAGCGAAAGUGAAACAAUCGUUAAAAAAGAAACUCAAACAACAACAUCGUCGUUUAUGUACGAAAGGCGAAGCAGCUCUGGUUACUGCACAACGACGUGAUCAAAGAGAAACAAUUCAAUUACAUCUCGAAUAA